GUGUCUGCCGAGGCCCCAAUAGAAGUUUAUAUAGUGGCAGCAGAAGCAGCAGCAGCAAAGUUCAUUUUGAGAUUUUAAGGAUGCUGAGAGUUAUAACUUUUGCGAUUCUGGUGCUAGCCGCGGAAGCAGAUUAUGUGAGUGAAACGAGAUGUACCAACACGAUGAUCGGCUAUAGACUCCCUCAUCUAAUUGACUGUGCCAAAUUUGUAAUAUGUACAAACACAUCGUUUGGACUUGCCCGAAAUUGUCCGAAUGGUCUGCAUUUCAAUGCAGAUAAUGCAGUAUGCGAUUAUCCAUCACAAGCCGGUUGCUCCAAGGAAAGAACUUCUGGGAUAGCUAAUUGCGAAUGCGAUUGUAGUCUGUGUUAUCAAAGCUGUACUACAGAGACUCCAAUCAUUACACAGGCAGAGACAACAUCGCCAGCAGCAACUUCAACUUCAACUGCUUGUAAUCUGGGAACUUCAACAUCACCAACACAAACUGAUACUUCACCAACGUCUAUAUAUUGUUCUCCACCACCUACGCAUGGCUCACCAACAACAACUGAAGCUUGCCCAGCUCCUACUGAUGAUUCAUCCGUUUCUACAGAAGUCUUUUCAACACCUAACAAUGGGUCACCGACUCCCAACCUUGACUCUUCAACACCUACGAAUGGCUCACCAACUACAACUGCAGCCUAUUCAACUCCUAUUGAUGGUUCGCCUUCCUCGACGGAAGGUUCACCAACCACCACCGGAUACUCCUCAACACCUACAGAUGAUUUAACAACCACAACAGAAUGCUCUUCAGCUCCUACCAGUGGUUCGUCAACCGCAUCGGAAGCAUCACCAACUCCUACUGAUGGCUCACCCACUCCCACGGAAGGUUCCUCAACACCAACUGAUGAUUCAUCAGCUUCCACCGAAGACUCUUCAACGCCUACAAAUCAUUCACCAACUACAACUGAAGUCUGUCCAACACCAACUGAUGAUUCAUCAACCCCAACUGAAACCUCUCCCAUCCCUACGAAUUGUUCACCCUCGUCCACGGAAGGCUCUUUUACACCAACUGAUGAUUCACCAACCCCUACGAAUGGUUCACCCACCCCUACGGAAGGUUCUUCAACUUCUACCAGUGGUUCCCCAACCCCAACUGAAGCCUCUCCAGCUCCUACUGAUGGCUCACCCACCUCCACGGAAGGUUCUCCAACACCAACUGAUGAUUCAUCAGCCUCCACCGGAGACUCUUCAACGCCUACAAAUGAUUCACCAACUACAACUGAAGCCUGUCCAACACCAACUGAUGAUUCAUCAACCCCAACUGAAGCCUCUCCCAUCCCUACGAAUUGUUCACCCACGUCCACGGAAGGCUCUUCUACACCAACUGAUGACUCUCCAACCCCUACGAAUGGUUCACCCGCCCCUACGGAAGGUUCUUCAACAUCUACCAGUAGUUCCCCAACCCCAACUGAAGCCUCUCCAGCUCCUACUGAUGGCUCACCCACCUCCACGGAAGGUUCUCCAACACCAACUGAUGAUUCAUCAGCCUCCACCGGAGACUCUUCAACGCCUACAAAUGAUUCAUCAACCCCAACUGAAACCUCUCCCAUCCCUACGAAUGGUUCACCCACGUCCACGGAAGGCUCUUCUACACCAACUGAUGAUUCACCAACCCCUACGAAUGGUUCACGCACCCCUACGGAAGGUUCUUCAACAUCUACCAGUGGUUCCCCAACCCCAACUGAAGCCUCUCCAGCUCCUACUGAUGGCUCACCCACCUCCACGGAAGGUUCUCCAACACCAACUGAUGAUUCAUCAGCCUCCACCGGAGACUCUUCAACGCCUACAAAUGAUUCACCAACUACAACUGAAGCCUGUCCAACACCAACUGAUGAUUCAUCAACCCCAACUGAAGCCUCUCCCAUCCCUACGAAUUGUUCACCCACGUCCACGGAAGGCUCUUCUACACCAACUGAUGAUUCACCAACCCCUACGAAUGGUUCACCCACCCCUACGGAAGAUUCUUCAACAUCUACCAGUGGUUCCCCAACCCCAACUGAAGCCUCUCCAGCUCCUACUGAUGGCUCACCCACCCCCACGGAAGGUUCCUCAACACCAACUGAUGAUUCAUCAGCCUCCACCGGAGACUCUUCAACGCCUACAAAUGAUUCACCAACCCCAACUGCAGCCUCUCCAACCCCUACGAAUGGUUCACCCACGUCUACGGAAGAUUCUUCUACACCAACUGAUGAUUCACCAACCCCUACGAAUGGUUCACCCACCCCUACGGAAGGUUCUUCAACAUCUACCAGUGGUUCCCCAACCCCAACUGAAGCCUCUCCAGCUCCUACUGAUGGCUCACCCACCCCCACGGAAGGUUCCUCAACACCAACUGAUGACUCAUCAGCCUCCACCGGAGACUCUUCAACGCCUACAAAUGAUUCACCAACCCCAACUGAAGCCUCUCCCAUCCCUACGAAUUGUUCACCCACGUCCACGGAAGGCUCUUUUACACCAACUGAUGACUCUCCAACCCCUACGAAUGGUUCACCCACCCCUACGGAAGGUUCUUCAACAUCUACCAGUGGUUCCCCAACCCCAACUGAAGCCUCUCCAGCUCCUACUGAUGGCUCACCCACCCCCACGGAAGGUUCCUCAACACCAACUGAUGAUUCAUCAGCCUCCACCGGAGACUCUUCAACGCCUACAAAUGAUUCACCAACCCCAACUGCAGCCUCUCCAACCCCUACGAAUGGUUCACCCACGUCUACGGAAGAUUCUUCUACACCAACUGAUGAUUCUCCAACCCCUACGAAUGGUUCACCCACCCCUACGGAAAGUUCUUCAACACCAACUGACGUUUCAUCACCCCCAACUGAAGCCAUUCCAACCCCUACGAAUGGUUUCCCCACGUAUACGGAAGAUUCUUCUAGACCAACUGAUGAUUCUCCAACCCCUACGAAUGGUUCACCCACCCCCACCGGAGACUAUUCAACACCUACAGAUAGUUCACCUACUAUACCUGAACCUACAGGAGAUAUUCCUGACUGUGACCCGACAUGUUGUAAUCGGAAGGACGGUGUUACUAUAGUUAUGGAGCGUGAUUGCCAAAAAUUCAUAGUUUGUGUAGGCGGAAAAGAAAAUAUAUUUACUUGCUCAAAUAACUUGCAAUUCAAUUCUUUGACCGGUGAAUGUGACUAUCCGGAAAAUGUGAAUUGUUCAACGCAUCAAUUGCCACCAAGUGGACCCUCGGCUGGUCCUUCUGGAACUUAUUGUGAAACAGGGGGCCGAUGCGUGGGCCAACGUGAUGGUACCUCCUUCGCUAACAAAACUGAUGAGUGUAGCUCGGACUAUGUCAUUUGUCAAUGUGAGUGCGAAGUGAAGCGCAGCUGCCCUUCUCAAUUGAUGUUCAACGUUAAAUUGGGUAUUUGCGAUUGGCCCACAAGUUUCGUUACUCUGCUCGCUGUAGUUGCGCUGACGACACUCGCACUCUGCAGUGGCGCAGAUCCGGAGUGUAAGUACCGUAAAAUUCGGAAACUGGCACUUCACUGGGCCGAUCCUACUGACUGUACUCGUUACUAUCGUUGUACGAAUAAAAGCGUCAAGCGCGAGGUAAUUUGUGCGGAAGGCAAGGCCUACAAUGCGAAAAUAGGGAAAUGCUCAACUAAUAAGAGUGGCUUGUGUAAACUGACAUUAGCGGCGCCCUUGGAGGGGGUUGUCAAUCCAUGCGCUGAUGAGGUCUCUGGUGUUUAUAUGGCUCAAACAGGAUACUGUCGUAACUUUUACAUUUGUAACAAUAAUGAAGCCUAUCCACAGGUAUGCGACGCUGGUAGUCUCUUUAAUACUACAACGGGUAAUUGUAUACCAGAUACUGCAUCCGAAUGCUGGCAAAAUAAGUGUAUUGGUGAAACUAACGGUACCUAUCUACCCGACGCGGCUUCAUGUACUUCCUUCUAUGUAUGUGCGGGAGGAGAAGCAACUGCACAAGUUUGCAACAGCGGUAGUUACUUUAAUAGCUCCAGUAGAGUUUGCCAACCUGAUCCAAGUGGGGAGUAUUGUUGGGAGAAUGUGUGUGUUGGAAAGAAAGAUGGCGAUUAUGUUAAAGAUAUAAAUGAUUGCUAUAGUUAUUAUGUGUGUGCUGUAGAAAAACCAGUUCAGCAAUAUUGCCCGGAAGGAAGCUACUUCAAUUGGCUUGAAAAUGUAUGCUUACCUGGUAAGUGCCCAUCAGAUGAAAGUUCAACAGAAAGCCCAACCACAGCAACUACAAUCUCAUCGACCGAAUGCAGUGAAGAAAGCACAGAAUCUUCUUCAUCAACAGAAUGCUCAACCACAGCAACUACAAUCUCAUCGACCGAAUGCAGUGAAGAAAGCACAGAAUCUUCUAGUACAUCAACGGAAUGCUCAACCACAGCAACUACAAUCUCAUCGACCGAGUGCAGGGAAGAAAGUACAGAGUCUUCUUCAUCAACAGAAAGCACCGAAGUCACAACAUCUGAAAGCACUGCAUGCCCUGAAGUCACAACACCUGCUCCCGAAGCGGACUGCUCUUGCCCUGGCGGUUACAAGGAAGGUGAACUAGUGCCUUUCCCAAACUAUCCUGAGAAUUGUGACAAGUACUAUGUGUGUUUUGAUGGAAAGCUCCAGGAAAGAGAAUGCGGCACAGGCAAUAGCUUUAAUAGCAGCCUGGGUGUGUGUGUACGGGACACCGAUAAUAUCUGCUGGCCAGCUGAUUGCAAUAAUCAAGUUGAAGACACCAUGGUUUACCGAAGUAGGCGGAGUAUUGUCGUAGACGUAGCGGAUGAGACAUCUGAUACGAGGUCCGUGCUUCACGCAUUGGGCAGCCCUAAUUGCUUAGGUUUGUAUGCGGAAGGGGAAGUAGUAACGCAUCCAAAGGACUGCCGUAAAUAUCUAAUUUGUGCUAGCGGUGAAAUGAUAUCCAGAGAUUGUGGUCUGGAUAACUACUUUGAUCCAAAUACUCUUACAUGUAGUAUUGACACUCAACAAGCUUGCGAUUCAAACGGCAAUUAUAACCGUGCAAAUUAUGAAGAAUCUACUGAUGCGGAAUCAAAUUGCUCAUGCCCCGGUGGUUAUAAGGAUGGUGAAUUAGUGCCUUUCCCAAAUUAUCCUCAGAAUUGUGAUAAAUACUACGAAUGCUCUAAUGGUAAGCUCCAAGAAAAGGAGUGCGGUGUAGGAAACCUCUUCAAUAGCAUUCUGGGUGUGUGUGUACCCGACACAGAUCAUAUCUGCUGGCCAACCGAAAGCACUGAGUGCCCCGACGCCACAACACCUGCUACCACUACUACUACAGCAGAUUGUACAUGCCCCGGUGGUUAUAAAGAAGGCGAAUUGCUGCCGUUCCCUAACUAUCCUGAAAACUGCGCUAAAUAUUAUAUUUGCUCUAGCGGUAGGCUUCAAGAGCGUGAUUGCGGAAUAGGCAAUCGUUUUGAUAAUAAACUCGGAGUUUGUGUAGUCGAUACCGAUAAUACCUGCUGGCCAAACGUUUGCAAAGAUCAGCCUGAUGGCACAGCUUUGGCGGACCCCACCAAUUGUACUUCUUUUUACCUAUGUGAAGGAGGUCAAGGAGAGGUAUACGAAUGCCCUAACGAAAAAUGGUUUAAUCCGAAUCAGCAAAUUUGCAUGCCAGAUUUUAAUGCAACCUGCAUAAAUCCCUGCAAAGAUACCACAGGAAUUACUUUCUUACCAAAUCCUGAUUGCUCCAAGUACUUCCUUUGUAAUGAUGGCCGACCGUAUGUCGAAACAUGUCCUCAAGGCGGAUUUGACAUAAACUUGGGUAAAUGCCACGGAGAUGCUGUUUGCGAAUCUACUUUAUGCUUGGGUAAAGAUGAUGGAUUUACAUGGCCUGUGGCAGGCAAUGAUACCAAAUUUUAUGUAUGCCUCGGUGGUGUAGCACAAAUCAACGAAUGUAGUCCCGGAAGCAUUUACAAAACUUCUGUUGGAGUGUGCUUGGAGCAGCCAAGUCCCCAAUGUGAUCAAAAUAAAUGCAAUUCUUCUACAACUGACUAUAACGCCUUUGCACCAUUGAAUGGUACCGAUGAUACAGCAUUUUGUAUGUGCCGUGAUGGCGAAGCUUUCUUGCACCACUGUGCAGAUAAUUACACUUUCCGCGCAGAUCUCGGAAUAUGUUAUUCGAAUGCUCCUUGCGACCCGGAUUUAUGUGACGUUUUUCCUGAGAAUACUCGAUCUCCGAAUCGCAAUGAUACACACAGCUUCUGUUUGUGUGUGAGCAAGCAGCAAGUAAUCGUUGACUGCCCCAACAACCAAACUUAUAAUCCAGUUUCACGGCUAUGCCAAACACAGGAUGAUAAGUGUUCCGCCACUUUUUGCCUUUCGGCUCCGGAGUAUUCUAUCUUCCCAGCUUUGAACAAUGAUACCAAUGGUUUCUGCAUGUGUAUUGAUUCGAGUGCUGUUUAUAAAUUAUGCGAAGGAGGCAAGAAAUUCAAUGUGACGAAAGAAAUAUGCCUAUCAGAGACUGAAGAUGCUUGUAAUGACGCUCUUUGUGCGGGUAAUGCCGGUUUGAUCUUUGGAGCUGUCGGUGAUUCACACUCUUUCUGCUAUUGUGUCACGGAUGGAGUGGCAAGUAAAAGGAGCUGCCCAAACUCAGAGACAUUCAAUGAUACUUUGCUGAUAUGCCAGGCGGUGGGUUGCGAUGGGCAAGUUUGUCUGACGAAUCCUACCAGACCCUUCCCGGCAUUCAAUGAACCAUAUUCUUACUGCACUUGCACAAGCAAUGAUCCGAACUCUGUAACCAAACACAAUUGUAGCAAUGGAACUCGUUUCAAUACGUACGACCUUACGUGCAAAGAAGAUCCUUGCGAUAAGUCCUUCUGCUCCAAUGUAUCCAAUGACGGCAUCCCUUAUCCAGCCAACAAUUUCCCUCAAGGAUUUUGCAUAUGUAAUGAUGGAGUCCCAGAACUGUAUAAUUGUUCGAAUGGCUCUAUAUUCAAUUCAACUAUCGAAGCAUGUAUAUCGCCCACCCAGCUGCAAUGUGAUCUGUCCAAAUGUGCUAAUGCGACCACAGAAUAUACGUAUCCCGUCGCAGCCAAGAAUGAUUCUCAUGGUUUUUGCUAUUGCUUCUCGGCGACUGAAGUCGAAUUCUUCACCUGUCCAGGCAGUGCUUUAUUCGACCCCAUUCGUGAAAUUUGUGAUGUGAGUGCAAGUAAUUGCACUUGUCCAGGUGACUACAAAGAAGGGCAACUGUUGCCGAACCCAACGAAUUGCCGACUUUACUAUGUCUGCAGUCAUGGCCGCCUUCAAGAGCUUGAUUGUGGAGCUGGGAAGUAUUUCAAUAAACUUUCUGCAGAAUGUCAAGUAGACACAGCUGGUGCUUGUGUGGAAAAACCAGAUUGUACCUGUGUAGGCGCUUAUCGCGAAGGCGAAUUCGUACCUCAUCAUACCAGCAAUCAACUCUAUUAUAUCUGCUACAAUUCGAAAUUGAUGGAGGGCGAUUGCGGUGCAGGAAAUUUCUUCGACAAAGAUAGUCUUUCCUGUCAGUCGCUGGACAGAAGGCGGAGGCAAAUGCGCUCAGAAGUUAUGCCGGACUAUGAUAGAAUUUGUAUGGAAAACGAUAAACAGUCUGUUCCCUCCAACUGCUCGCAAUAUGAAAUAUGUAUUGACUCCAUUUGGAUUCGGCUAAGCUGCCCUGAUGAACGUUACUAUAAUCUUGAACAGCGCAAAUGCAUGGAACCACGUGAUGACAUGACUUGCACUUAUGCGCGCGUGAAAAACCUUCCAGUCUGUAGUGCAGCAAUGGAACAACGAACGGUGCCUGGAAAGGAAUCAAACUGUGCCCAAUACUAUCGCUGCAACCAUGGAAAGUGGCGUUUAAAAACUUGCCCCAAGCAACAUUUCUACUCGACACGUUUGAAAACCUGUAUUCCAAGUGCGCAUGACGACGCGUGUGUGGCACGAAAUGAAUCGAAAAUUGAUAUUGAGGUGGGAGAGAAUUUCAGCACGUCCCCUUCAAAAUGCCGUCACAUGACCGUGCGCCACUUUGAACAAAAUUGUGCAAUGUAUCUUAUGUGCCUGGAAGGUAAAUGGUGGCACCAGUACUGUCCGCUUGGUAUGUAUUAUAACCGCACCCACAACUAUUGUAUGCCUAAUAUAAACGGGCAAUGCGAUACUGCGUCUAACGCAGCGAUUUCUGCGAGUUUACUGCACGAGUAUUCCGUUCAGUCUUGCGAUACACAUGGCGCUCUGCGACCUUCGGCUCUGUCAUGCGAUCAUUACUAUGAGUGCCAAGCAGGCUAUUGGGAGUUGAAAAAAUGUGCACCGCAUGAAUAUUUCAACGCUACUGAGAAUAUGUGUCUAUCGGAUAAAGGAGGCGUUUGCGCUCAACUCCACACGUAUAACUCCUACGAGGGCAAGCGACGCGAGUUCCCAUUCAACUGCACAGCAUAUGAGAUAUGUAUUGGCGGUGAAUGGAAACGGGCUAGUUGCAAUCAUUCUUGGAUGUUCGAUAAUAUAUUGCAUAUAUGUGUUCCCAAUGACGGAAGCUGCGCUGAGAAUGGGUUGCGCAGGGCUUGUGUCGCGGGAGAGACAAAAGCCCAUCCGUCAUCUGAAAAUUGCACUCAAUUUUUUUACUGCCUCCAAGACAGCUGGAAAGAAGGCACUUGUUUGAAAGGCCACACAUAUGCAAAGGAGCUAGGUGAGUGCGUGCCACACAGUGCAUAUGACAAAUGCCAACCUUUGUUUAUAAAAGAAAAUGUAAAAAUUGCUCUGGGCCAAGAUUUAGGCGAUCAGAAGGGAUUUGGAAGUAACCGAAGUGAUCUUUGCCUUGAACGUGAAGAUGGAAGUGCUGUGCCCCAUCCGGAGAGUUGUCUUCAUUUUUUUGUUUGUCUCGCAAAGGUGGCAAGAAAUAAGCAGAAAUGUGUUCGUGGAAGCUUUUUCGAUGCUAAACUUGGCUACUGCCGUCCAAACGACGGCAGCUGUCUGGUACCUCUAGGUGGUAUAUGUGCGAAUGCUAGCGAUGGAGCAUACGUUCCACAUCCGGAAGAUUGUCGAGGUUAUUACCACUGCUCCACUUUGAAUGGUACCGAAUUGCUCCAUUGCCCGGAGGGAGAGUAUUAUCACAAUGCUACGAGUCAAUGUCGGAUCGAUCAGGGUGAAUGCCGGGCCAAGGCGCAAGAGUUUGGAAAAUGCACUGGCGUCGAGCAUGGAAAGCGUUUGCCUCAUGAACGUUACUGCAACAUAUAUUACGCCUGUGUACGUGGAUUGGCUAUACCAGUGGCGUGUCCAGCCGACCAUCAGUUCAGCGCGGCUGUUGGUAACUGCAUAUUUGAUGAAAUACUCAUGUGUGAAAAUGUCACUCUAUCAAAGGUUUUAAGCAACGUCACAAUAAGCUACAGCUGUGGUAAUCUUACUGAUGGCAUUCAUUUACCCGAUAUCAGAGAUUGCACGAAAUAUUAUGUCUGUUCAGCGGGGACGGCGUUAACGAAAACUUGUCCAACUGGCGCCUUCUUCGAUGCUGAACAGCGACUUUGUGUGCCAGAUGAUGGCUCAUGCCCAUAUAUCGUAAAAUAUCAACCUAAUCAACAAUCUACACCUCCAGAUCCCGCCGUGUGUGAAGGAGAGCAUGGCCUUAUGCUCCCCGAUCCGGUGAACUGUAAUGAGUUUUACGUUUGCAUUAAUGGAAAGCUGCGUCAUGAGCGAUGUAAUAUCAGCUAUUUUUUUAGUACGUCUAGAAAUGAGUGCCAACCUUAUGAGACAAAUAUUGGAAACAUAACAGAAGAGGCAGCGGUGAGUAACGACUCAAACCAAAUGAAGAAAGUUCAAAAUGUAUUACAGUGCAUUGAUAAGCCUACAAACUAUACUAAACUAUGCUCGAAAAUUCCUCGAGGUACUUCAAUCGCUGAACAGAGUGACUGUCGACGCUACAUUAAUUGCAACGACGCCGGCGAGCCAGUCCCACAACGUUGUCGCAAUGGAGAGAGUUAUGAUAGCUUAUUCGGUUUUUGCCGACAAAAUGAUGGCACUUGCUUGUUGGAGAAUGGACAGCGAGUGGGAGAGUGCAAAGGGUUCCAUGGGCAACAAGUACGUGAUGUGGACAACUGCCGUGGCUACUUUGUGUGUAUUAAUGGUCAGAAAAUAGUCGGCGAAUGUAGCGAAAACGAGUACUUCGACAAGGUCCUGUCCGCAUGUCUGGAUGAUGUGAAUAAUCAGUGCGGUAUAGUCUCCGCCCAAUCAACGGAAUCACAAGUGGUGUCCUGCGUUGGCCUCAGUGAUUCCACACUUUACCCGUACACACCCGACAACUGCCGCUCCUACUUUCAAUGCGUGCAUGGCAAACCAAAUGUUCACGAAUGCGCUGAUGGACUAUAUUUCAAUGCGUCUAUUACACGCUGUGUGAAGGACAUUACAGAAUGCGCUAUGCCCACAGCAAGUUUGAAGCGGGCGCCGGAAUUAGACAACCACAAAGUGAAUAUUUGUGAGAAGGCAAAACCAGGUGAACGCUAUGCCAAUAUAAAUGAUCACUGUCAUUCUUCUUAUGUUUGUGGAGAAGAUGGCUCCAUAGCUUACACUACUUGCCCCGCAGGCGAACUAUACAAUGACGAAAGUGGUAUAUGUGAGAUUGCAAUAAAUGUUAUUUGCAAAAUUUAAUAAACGAAAUUGAUGAUUAGUUCAGCAUUAUUUGA